CACUGUACGCAUAUUGAUAGGAUCCUAGUAUAUCACGUACGCUACUCACAAAAAGUUGGAAAGAUUCAGUUUUGUGUCAAGUUUCAGGCUGAACCUAAAAUGCAAUGUAACCUUGACAGGGGAGCCUAAUUUGGCCUUCUGUGACAUUUUGAGCGCACAUCCAACUAGCAGAGAUUGCGGUAUGUUUUGCGCAACUUUAUGUUGUCUAACGAGAACCUGAACUGCAAAAUUGACAACAGGUGUUUGAUUCAUAAAUCGACCGAUACAUUUCCCAGGAUGUUCACUUCUAUGCCUUUCUGUGACUCUACCAGUCUUUCUGUUGCAAACAGCUGAUGACAGACCAAGAAUAUUGAAGCUCAGUGGCUUCUCCCUGUUGAGAACAGGUCAAUUGUCGGGUGUCAUCUUUGUCUCAUGAUGACAAAAUGCGAACAGCAUGAUUAAGACGACCGCUUACAAAUCACUUUCAAUUGAAGCAGGAACUGUAUUGGUCCCCAGUGGUCAUUGCUCUUGUUAUUUUGGUGCUCAGAUCAUUUUUAGAAAAUGGGAAGUUGUGCACAAACUACUGAAACAUUGUUGGACAGUUUCAAAAUUCGAAAUUUUGAGGUCAAACUAAGUUUCCCUGUUAAGGCUGCAGCCACUACAUUUUAGGUCCAUCCUGAAAUUUCACCCAGAAUUGCAAACGCAGUGGUGGCCAAACUUUUUCCUCUGAGGGCGGCCUAUGGGAAAUUUGAAGGCCGCUUUGCAAUUCUUUAACUUGUAAUUUAGGAACCAUGAAAAACCAAUCCAUCAAGCAAAUAUAUAUUGUUGAUACAGUGGUUCCUUGACAUGUGAGUACUCCAAAAAAGUUUUGAGAUACAAAGAUGUUGACUUUGGUCUUGACUUGUGAGCAGCGACUUGGGGUAUGAGUGCACUUCAGAAGCCCUACCUCUCCAGUGAAAUGAAAAAAAACCCCAAAAACAAAUAAUGUGUAAAACCUGGAACAAAUUGGUGUCCAAACAGAUUUUUCGGACACGUAGGCUGGGUUGCACCAACCAGGUUUAAUUUGAUCUAAGAUUAGCUCUAAUCAGAGAUGACUAAAACCAAGUUUAAAAUGAGUUCAUCUGUUUUUUUUUUUUUAAUUCAAACUGAUUAAUAAACUUUUAUCUCACCCAAAUUUCCCCUUCCUCAUAAAAUUCAAGAAGAUUGACCCUGUCUACCAAAUUAUUGACUUUUUGCUGUAAUGCGCCCAAAAAAAAAUAUGCACCCGUCAGUUGAGAAUUAAUACUCGAUCACAGUUUAAACUUGAGUUUAAAGUUCUGGUGCCACAGAAUUACAUUUAAACAUGGUUUGGGAGUACAAAUUAAAUUGAGGUUUAAAUGUAAUCUGUUUUACGGUAUUUUAGACAAGGUAUAAAGUUUGGUGCAACAGAACUCAAACCAUGAUUGAAUUUAGUGCUUUUGUUAAAACUUGGUGCCAUAUUGUUGAGUUUGCAAACUGUGCUUUCUGAUAUGUACUGUGUGCAGACCACUCAGUUGUGCUUUCUCUCACACAUAAGGGAAACAGCAUUCGCUGCAUGCAUCACAUAUUUGAGGUAUCUGUCACUUCAAUAUGGCUUCCAAGAAAGUGAAAAGUGCAAGUGAUUGCGCCAUUAAAAAGCUGAUGUUUUUGGAAGAUAUUGAGGGAGCUACUGGACAACUGCAGCAGCAGCUGGUGAGGGUGGCAUGGAGAUAGUGGAGAUGUACAAGGAGUGAUCAAUGGCACUCGCCAUUUGAAAGGCAAUACAUACAAACCUACUACAGUACACUGUGUGUGUGGCAUUUGGCUUCAUUUGAAGAAAAAGAAUAAUAUUUUUUUGGAUUAUGCACGUACAAAUAUGCACAAAUUUUGACCUCUGCACUUGGCCAAUAGCAGUAGACACGGCAAACACACACUCUUCGUGGUACGUGCUGGAACAGGGUUUAGAGACAUGUGGUGAAAGUUCCUAUGAAACAAAACAAUACCAAAGCAUUGAGCCAGCGGCUUCUCUGGGCAUGUACGAGGCUGCCCACUGCCACCCUGAGCCCACCCCUGCUGCGUUUGAUGUGGGCACAAUGGAUGAAUACGAUGGUGGUUACUCUGAAGAAGCCGCAGGCUGUCACAGACGAGGCACCAAUGCAGCGUCCCUCUACGAGAAUUCAGGACCACAACUCAACCAAAGAAUGGUGUCCAUCUCAUCGGACGCCCACCAAUCGACUGCGGUUCUCACAGGGCAGAUGAGCUCACCUGGUGCCAGUCAAGGUGACAGUAGGCCCAACAGCAGUCUUCCUCGGGGUGCUGGGCCUCACAUGAUGUGGACAGUACACGGCCAUAGUUCAUUUGCUCAUUCUGCCGACGACCUAGAGUCGGACUCUGGCCUCUCGCUGGGCUCCAGUCCACCAUUGGCCUCACCGGGAAACUUGGCCGCUGGCGUACCAGGUUACAGGAGUGCGGACAUGUCUGUUGCAUGCAGUGAUGGGGAACCAGAAGGCAUGGUGGAACACAGAAGAGCACACAACUACCAGACUGAAUACCAGAGUCACUCCGACUCCUAUCUGCAAAGAGGAGCACAACCAUCUUAUUUCACAACCCAACACCACUUGAGCCAUUCACAUUUCGAUGCACCGAAUCCUCGGGCAACCAAACAUCAGACUAUGGGUGAACUCCACAGCUCAGCAUUUUCCAGCAGAGGGAGCUGGCAAAACAGCAUGCAUUCAAAAUCUUAUGGAAACCCCCAGGCACCAGCCAGCAGGGAUGAGAGGCGGGCCAUAGCACUGAAGAUCCCCUUCACAAUGGAAAAGAUCAUCAAUCUGCCAGUGGAUGACUUCAACGAGCUCCUCACGCAGCACACCUUGACUGAUGCCCAACUGGCACUGAUCAAGGACAUCAGGCGUCGGGGCAAGAACAAGGUAGCAGCUCAAAACUGCCGCAAGCGCAAACUGGAUAGCAUAAUUCACCUUGAAAGGGAGUUGGGACAGCUGCAGGUUCAAAGAGAUGACCUGGUACAACAGAGAUUAGAAUUCCAGCGUAGCUUGACAUACAUCAAGUGCCACCUCACUAAACUCUAUGCAGAGGUGUUCUCUCAUCUGAGAGAUGAAACUGGACAACCAUAUUCAAUAGAUGAGUACUACUUGCAACAGAUGGCGGAUGGUCAAACAUAUCUGGUGCCUCACACAAUGAUGCACAAGAAAGAAUGCUGAAAUGUGACCAAGCGAUAUGGAAAUUGUUGGUGUUAGGGUGCCACCUAUGGAGCUUUACCAUUCAACACAUUUCAUAUUUUAUAAGUAAAAACACCAUCACUUUAUGAAAAUAAAAUUUAUUUGUAAAAAAGGGAAAACAUUGGUCUCUCUUAAAAAAAAUAAAUAAAAGUUGCAGUCAUUCUCCAGAGUCCUGCAAGAGAAACACCAGGUCAGAGAAUCAACUUUUGCUUCCUUUCAAAAUUGGUGAAGCACAAAUAAAAGGUCCCAAUAA